UCAGUCACACUUCUUCCCUCAUAAAUCUGUUCAAAUUUUUAGCAAUGAAUACGAAACACGUCUGGACUACAUUUCUACUUCUAAUUUCUUUUUUCUUCAGAAAAAGUAUUGCAAACGAUUGUGCGCCUUACCGUGUGGAUGACGAAAUAAUCGCGUGUGUCUGCAAUGCGACAUAUUGCGACGGUAUACCGGAUGAUAAUCCGGAAGUACCUACGGAAGGUAAUUCCUAUUGGUACGUGUCAAAUAAGCAAGGGCUGCGAAUGAAGAUGUCAGAAGUAAAGUUUGACAAUUGUGAGAACUUCGACGCGAAUAUAACAAUUAUUAUAGACAGUAAGAAAAAGUAUCAAAAGAUAAUUGGAUUUGGGGGCGCAUUUACCGAUGCCACUGGUAUAAACAUAGCGAAACUCAGUCGAGCUACUCAGGAUCAACUGAUUCGAGCGUAUUACGAUCCGAAAAAAGGAAGCAGAUAUACAUUGGGUCGUAUACCUAUUGGUUGCACCGAUUUCUCUACGAGGAUUUACACGUACGAUGAUGUUCCCGGUGAUACUUUGUUAAAAAACUUUUCCCUUGCACCGGAAGAUUACAAUUACAAGAUACCAUAUAUAAAAUUGGCUGUUGAAUUAAAUCCUGAAGUGCUAUUGUUCGCCGCCGCAUGGACUGCUCCGUUAUGGAUGAAACAAUUCGACAAGAAUAUCACUUAUUUAAAAGAAGAAUACUAUGAAACCUACGUUAAUUACUUGAUUAAAUUUCUGGAUAAAUAUGAAAGAAACGGUGUUAAUAUAUGGGGAAUUACACCUAGCAAUGAACCGUUACUCGGUUUUAUGAUCGAUAAUCCAAAUAUUACUAUGACAUGGAUACCCAAAACACAGGCCAAUUGGAUUGCUAACUAUUUCGGUCCGACUUUGGCAUCAUCACUAUUCAAUAAAACGUUACUUUUAACCUACGAUGAUAACAGAAGUAAACUAAUCGAAUAUGUCAAAGCAGCGAUUGAAAUUGGAGGAAAAUAUAUUGCUGGAAUAGGUGUACAUUGGUAUCUAGAUUUUAUUUAUCCUGCAACUAUCAUAGAUCGCGUACAUGAGAAAUUUCCUGACAAAUUUAUUCUUAUGACCGAAGCAUCCAUAUUUAAUUCAGUAUGGAACUCUAGCAGUAAACUUAAAUCAGAAGCAUGGCAGAGAGGCGAAAAAUACAUUUUAAGCAUAAUAGAUUACAUGAAUCAUUGGUCAGUUGGAUGGGUAGAUUGGAAUAUGGUUUUGGAUAAAACUGGUGGACCAACCGUUGUUAAUAACAAUCUCGACGCUCCUAUUAUCGUGAAUCCAGAAACCGAUGAAUUUUAUAAACAACCUUUAUAUUAUGCUAUCAAACACGUUAGCAGAUUCGUUGAUAGAGAUUCUUUCCGAAUUUCUAUUACUGGUAAUAAUUCGGUCAACUCUACAGCCUUUCUUACACCUUCGGGAGAAACGGUUAUUGUAUUAUACAAUGGGGCCACUUCUACAAAACAUAUAAUUCUAAAGGAUUUGCAAAAAGAUAGUAAACUUUGCUUGGAAUUAUCUCCGCAGUCUAUGAACACUUUAAAAUAUAAAUAAUAAAAAUUUCUUGAAUAUUACUUUAAUCUAAUCACGAUUAAA